ACGUCGCAUUUAGAACUGUUAGUAAACACUAUGGCACGGGCUCAAGUCAUAGUCCUGGGAUUUUUUCUCAUUGUAUCAUGCACUUAUCUCAUUCAUCAAGAGUAUGUAGGCGGACUACAAGCUUUUAGAAGAAGCCAGGACAGUUUUAUAACCGAUUUGGAUAAUUGCAGUCCGCACAGACUAGCAGUCAUCAUACCAUUCAGAAAUGCAUUUGACGAACUUAUGGAACUAGUACCCAGUCUUCACGAAUUCCUUGUCAAGCAAUGCGUAAAUCACAAGUUUUACGUCAUAAAUCAAGCCGACAUAUUCAGAUUUAACAAAGGGUCGUUGGUAAAUAUAGGAUAUCUGUUGUCUAGAGAUGAGUGCGAUUAUUUGGCAAUACAUGAUGUUGAUUUACUACCUCUUAAUUCUCAACUGCAGUACUCGUUUCCAGAGAAGGGCCCAUUUCAUGUUGCUUCACCAGAAUAUCAUCCAUUUCUCAGCGGAAAAACAUACAUUGGAGGAAUCAUACUCCUAACAAUGAAACAGUUUGAGAAGGUCAGAGGAAUGACCAAUACUGAUUGGGGCUGGGGUGGAGAGGACAACGAGUUUUAUAUGAGAAUAUUGAAUCAAAAUAUGACGAUUUAUAGAAAGUCUGGACUUUCAACUGGGAAAGAUAAUACGUUCAAGAAUCUUCAUAAUCCAAUCAAACGACCGCGAGAUAAAAAGAGGUUUAAUAAAGAACACAAGGAUGUUUUUCAAAUGGAGACGAACACCGGAUUCCAUGAUGUCGAAUACAAUAUCUCAUCAACAGUGGAAAUGACCAUCAAAAACGUUCCAAUAACUGUUUAUAAUGUUAAUUUGGGGUGCGACAUAAACGUCGAGAAAUGGUGCUCAUUUGAUACUUAAAUAAUCGCACUGAUCUGCGACACAUUUCCUAUUUUUUUCCAAAAUCGAGGAUAUAUUCGUGAUUAGUUUCACGACAGACUUAGUGAUUAUAAGUGUGUUUAUUGCAUGAAACCGAAUCUGAUUUUUUUAGAUAUAUAUCUGCUUGAACGUUUCCACAAACCACGUUUUUUAUAUAAUAUAUUACAAUAUGUGGGAUACGCAUUUCCAAUUUCGCGACAUAGGAAGUGCAUUUGAUUUUCAGUAGAUAUUCAAAUUUGUUGAAAUUGUAAACCACAUUGCGAAAACUGCAACUUUGUCUCAUUUUGUUGAACAGAGCAAGCUAACUAAUUCCCACGUUGUUAUUUUAUAUUUUUAUUUAUCUGUGAAGUUGAAACUAUUUGUUUUUGAUAAAAUAUUUUUAGUGGGAA